UGCUUAUCUUUGCCUUGUUUAACAUAUAAAUUGGCGGGUAAAUUUGGCGGUUUUUUUUUAUAUUUUUCCAUUUCAUCACUCCGUCUAAGCUGCCGGAGUGACUCUAUAAUAAAAAUGCUUACCAGUCUAGUUGUUGGUUUCUGUAACGCCUACCUGGGGCAAUAUCUGGAAAAUCUAGACAAGAAUCAACUUUCGUUUUCUCUCCUACAAGGAAAGGCUGAAUUACAAAACUUGUCUAUUAAAAAAACUGCUUUUGAAAACCUUGACUUGCCAUUUUCCAUUCAUGCUGGAUUUGUGGGGAAAAUUUGUAUUGACAUACCACUUACAAGAAUAAGCAGUCAACCAUGGGUUAUAUCCUUUGAUCAAAUGUAUGUGAUAGCUGGUCCCAAGAAAAAAAAUAAGGUAGGGAUAGUUUUUGUUGUAGUUGUUUCUUUCUUCAUUUUCACUUCAAAAGAAUUUAUGAACUGUUUGCAUCAUAAAAAGGAACAAAUGGAGAAGAAUGAACCUUUGGAAUCUCUUGAAUAUAAAAGAGCUGCUCUGGAUUUAAUGGAAGCUGAAUGGAGAUCAGAACUUGGUUUUCGUGGUUUAGCAUCUUUGUUGUACAAUUCAACAUGUUCAUCUUGGAUAAGCCAUUUAACUAGUCUGGUGACUAAUAUUGUGCAAAACAUUGAGCUUACACUGACAAAUGUCCACAUAAGGUUUGAAGAUGCUGGUAUAUCAUGCCCUGGUAAAGUUAUGGCAUGUGGCUUGCAUCUAAAGUCAUUCACUGCUCAGACGUGCGACGAAAAAAGGAAAACGUCUAAGUUCCUGUACUAUAGUCCAGAGUUCAUGUAUAAACUGUUGGAACUCAACGGAUUAGCAGUUUAUUGGGACACAGAUUCUAACGUCUUCGCCGACCUGCCCCUGAAUGAUCUGUGCCAGAAAAUGGAACGUUGUUUGAUACAGCGAGAUGCAUUCAUCCUAACUCCUACCCAUGGCUAUGCCCACAUUAAGCGGAACCGUGUUACUGCUCCCCUGCAAUCCCUCGAGCAACCACGCAUUAAGUGUGAUUUCGUACUCGACCAAGUCGACAUUGAAUUUCGUGAUGCCCAGUAUUACCAAUGCUGCAAAAUUCUUGAGAUGCUAUCUCGCCAUGGUAACCAUAAAUUCAACCCAGGGCGUCAAUGGAAGUAUGCUGGGGAGCGUAUCAUUGCUGCAAUCCAUGAAAGAAAGAAGGUCGAGAACUGGCCUUUUGUGAUUCAUCGCGUUCAAGAUAUUCUCCUCUACGUUCGUUCUUAUAAAGAGCACUUGAUGAAUUCCUCUGCAGCCGCAGAAUUCGAGCUAGAACGCGAAAGAAUUGAAUCCGAGUUUGAAUUAAAAGAACUAAUGAUCUUACGGUCUAUUGCUAUGCAACAAAUUUCUAAGAGACGAAGUGUUUUCCAUCGCUGGUACAACGAUUUCUCGACAUGGUGGUAUGCAGAAGAACACUGGACGCAUUCAGCAAAUAACGAGUCAAUUAUUGAAAAGACAACUGAGCAUGAGAUCCUCGAAAUGCUAGAGGAGGCUAGAAAAGAUAAUCGGAUUCGAAAGGAAGACUUGCUUCCUAUUCAAUUUAGUUUCGCAUUGAAACAUGGAUGUUUUCGCUUGUCUUCCUGUCCUAAGAGCAUUGAAACUUACCAGCCAGCUAAUCUUCUCGUGGAACUCGAGUUGCGUGAAAUCGUUGUCGAUGUUUGGAAAUCACAUUCGAAAAUUGGUUGGAUUAAACUGCAUGUUAGUGUCGGGAACAUUUCCUUGUGCAACCGCACAACUAAAUUUUUCCAAACUUCAGCAAAUCCAGAGAAUGCGACUCCACUUUUUAAUUUCGUGUACGAAAAACAGCCGCCUGAUGGCAACUGGAACCAUCGUUUAAAGAUCAAUGCUUUGCCUACGGAAUGCGUUUACAAACAUGCAGUUGUUGGUCAAAUUAGAGAAUGUUUUCCUCUCCCCAAAAAAGAUCGUUCUUUACUCGGCCAGCGUGUCCAGAAGGAAGUCCGUUCUCGUUUUAAACUUGUUAAACGCAAGGCUACAAAAAUUUUGAAAAUGACUGCGGCUAAGCUUUCGAAUAACGAGUCGUGGGAUUUGCAGAUUAACGUCGCGAUUCUACGCAUUCUAAUCGCGGAAUCGCCUUUUAGUCCAGUUCCACUUACCAUGGAGUUUGGCCCCAUUUAUGUGAAUCCCACGGCCAAUUGCACUGUCGCCGGGUUGACCUCCUUGUCCACGGAUAAUACCAUAGACGAGCCAUAGAAGACGAGAAAGAAAAAAGGAAACAUGUGCUACUGGCCCAUCGUAGACUUACUAUUUUCUGACUGUUUCGUAUUACAACGCAAGCAGAUUACGUCGUUCCUGAAAUGACACACAGCCCCUAAAUUUAUGAAUGUACGACUAUAUCCCCUUUCUCUAAUUCCCAUAAUUGUUUUGUUGAUGAUACGCACAUAUAAAUUCUUCCCAUCCUA